UUCAAACCUAUUGCAUUGCUGAUGCAGGCUGCUCUAUAUACUGUAUAAACAUGCAGCCCAUCCAAUACAGAUGGGGGACGGACACCUGUAGUCAUUUCAAAUCGCAUUUUAAUAAAAUGCUCCUGCGAUCAGUAUUUAUUUAUUUAUUUUAGCUACGUAAACGAUGCACAGAGCGGUCUAGAGACACACCAGAAAAUAAUGCAUGAUGCGAGAUAAAACGAGCCCAAACCCCGCGAGCCCUGGAGAGGCCAGCGUGAGUUCGGAGGAAUGUCCCUUACCCCGCCCGGUAACCAAGCCGGAUGCCGGGUCCUCCGUGCCUCUGAGGUUUCUGGGAAAUGUAGUUUUUCCAUUCAAAGUCGUGGGCAAAGCGGAUCCCGGCAAUUGCAGGUAAUGGGAGUGGGCGUGGAGCGGAUGGGAAGUGCGAUGGUGGUGGGAAGGGGCGAGCCAGGAGGGUCGGGAGAGGCAGCGGAGAGCUAUAAGAGAAAGGGCUGCUGGGGGAGGAAGGGAAAAGAGCAAAAAAGGGAGAGGGAACUUUCGCUUCCCGGUCUAGGUAGCUAAAAUGGUUUGCAAGCGCAUCCUUUUAAUGGAAGCAAUGAGGCUCAGCUUUUUUGAAAAGUGCAAUCGAUUAUAUGAAUGUUUCCUAACAUCACCGGCCCAAGACUUUGGGGGAACAUGGAGUGGGGGGGAAACCUAGCCAUGUUAAGUUUACAACAAAUGUAACUCCUGGCGCCCAUUAAAGAAUAUUUUGGGGGCUUGUCGUGGGUUCGCCGCUUUUUCCUACGAAUUUUGGGAGUUGUAGUUGUGCCAGGAAGUUAAGGGGGCGCCUAUGUAGACCCCUGGCCAUUGCUACGUUGCUAUUUCCAGCAUCCUUUGCAGGAAGCCACCGGGGUUGGACUAGAGUAGUGGCUGCUAAGAGCCCAUAACGGACCAGGAAGUCUCUGGCUUCCUUACUCGCUGCUGCUCUCGCUCUGUUGCUUAAGUUUAGGCCAGAGGGAGUGCCGGAUUUGCGUAUAAGCUAAGCAACCUAUAGCUUAGGGCCCCACUCUCUUGCCCCCCCCCAAAAAAAAUUUAAAGAAAAAAAACCUGGAUGUACAUUUCCAAAAUAUAAGAUAAAAAACAAAUAAACGGAAACCUACAUACAGCAACAGUGUUUUGUGUUGUGUAGCGACCUAUUAGGUCCAUAAAUUACCAUAUAGCAUAUAUUCAACACAAAAAACAGUGACAAUUUGUUGUUGACAUAGGACAGCUGGACAUAUAAAAGGCCCCAUUACCUUCAGUAGUGUAGGGCCUCAUCAAACCUAAAUCCAGCCCUGGCCAGAGGUUUUCAAACUUCUUGAGUCCACGGCUCCUUUGACCAACUACAUUCUUUCUGUGUCACACCCUUUGGGGAUCAGGAGCCCAGUUAUGUCACCCCUUGCCUGCAGACCGGGCAACCCCUCACCCUUUUUCAAACACCCUCUCUUGUGGAGGAUUCUCUCAGCCUCCUCUCCUCUCCUUUCCUCCUCUCCUUGGGAGUCCUCUGGGCAACCCCUGAUCUCUGAGCUGCCCCCCCUCCACCCCAAAGAGAGGUGCCCCCCAAGGCACCAUUCACCUGUGGAGCUUAUAGCCAGGGCUGAUGCUGGCUAUAGGCUCCAGGGCUCCUGAGAUCUCCUCCAUGUGUAAGUGCAUGCCUGGGGAAUCAUUGAAUCUUGACUGUUGUCGCACACUAAUACUGCAGAAUUCUGUUAUGUUUUAUCUGCACAAUCAGAAUAAAUUUCAGGAACCAAAAUGCUUUUCCUGUGCAGCCUGAACAGGAGCAGUGAACAACGUUAUACUUAAUUGUUGCAGCUUGUCUUCACUUAUCCCACCCCACUGCCCUGCUCACAGUUGUUAAUAUUCUUAUGUCAUGAACAGUCCAUGUCCCCAUUAACAAAAAGAGGUCAGAAUAGGCCAAUAUAUAUGUAUACUGCCCUGGAUCAAGUGGCUUUUCUUCUUUUAAGUUCUUAACCUAGCUCAAGUUAGAUCUCUGAAAUAGCCAUAUGUUUAACUGAGAAUCAAUAACAGUCAGUCCAUUUGAAAAACAAGACUUCAGAGCCAUCUUGCCCCCAAAGGCAAGUAGACAUUCCUUUUUGUUUCGUUUUGUCUUUUUUAUGAUUUUCAGUUUUAAUACAUUUCAAUAAUUUUACAGUCAUUUUAACAUUUCAAAACUCGUCUUCCUUCCUCCUCUUUCUGCGGUUCCUUAAAUUUAUUUUUUAAUAUUUUCUGCAUAUCCAAAUUAACUUAAUUUGCUCAUUUAUUCAUCUACUUUAAAUAUAUACUCUUAUAAAACUGCAGGUUAUUACAAUAAUCCUGCCAAUGCUCUUAUCUGUUAACAGUAAAUAAUUGUAAAUAUUCAAUAAACCAUUUCCAUUCUUUUAUACUAUACUACUGUAUAACCUUGGUUUAAGGAGCCAUUUGGUGCCUAGUUUAUAUACCUGAGUUUCUAACACUGGCUUGGGAAUGAUGUGUGUUGGGAGUUCAACAACAGCUGGAAGGCCACAGGUCGAUUCCUGAUCUACAGGAAUGUAGAUCUGGGGAAGAUCUUCAGGUAUUUGGAGUGAGGUGUGAUCAAUAUGCUGAUGACACCCAACUUCACCACUCCCUCUGAGUCAGGCAUGGCAGACUACUAAGCAUGUUCGUGGCAAUGGGAUGGACCCCAUUUGCAGCAUCAAGACACCAGCUCACCAAGAUUUCGCAGUAAGCAUUUCCUGUAUCCUAACCCGUCUCCCCAUCUUUUCCAGCUUCACCACUAUGGAUGUAUUCUACACCUCUGGAAUCUGGUUUGCAGAGGUGCUUCAGACCAGCCUGCCUGGGCUGGAGGAUUUUUGGCUUUGGAUGACCUUCAUGGGUGACCCAAAGAGCGUCAUCAUCAUUUAUUUCCCCCUCGCUUAUUUCCUGCUCGACCGGAAGGUUGGAGUCAAAGUCCUUUGGCUGGGUUUGAUCUCAGAAUGGCUCAACUUAGUCUCUAAAUGGUGAGAGGAGAAAGCAAAGGUCACAAAACAAACGUCUCGGCUUUAAUAACCAUUGGGACUCGCUCUUGGUCUCAGGAAAAGGUUGGAGAAGCUGCCACCACGCAAGGCCAGUUGUCCAUAGGUCUCAGCUGCUCCUGAAAGUGUGCCAGGCCUCAGGAAAAGUUAACGGCAUAGUUGCCACCCACUCUUCUGAUGUUAGUAGGCUAAAAGCAUCCCUCAAAGCAGGGCCUCUUUCUGACACUGUCUCCUGGGCCUCUUUUCAAAACCGCCACUCUACUUAGUAGUGGGCAGCCGCCAUUUUAAUUUACCACAAUCCCCUGAAGCCAUGUUAUGUCCAGGGCAUUGUGGGAAAUCAAAAUGGCAGCUGCAAAUCAGUGCUCUAAAGUCACUUCACCUUAAUUGGGGACUUUUGGUUCGUGAUCAAGUGUUUUUGUUAAUUUCGAUUCCUUAACAAAGUUCAGUUCUCUCCGUUUUGAGGAUGCUGAUUAGGCCUUGGAGCUACAGUGGUACCUCGGGUUACAGAUGCUUCAGUUUACAGACUCCACUCACCCAGAAAUAGUACCUCGGGUUAAGAACUUUGCUUCAGGAUGAGAACAGAAAUCGUGCGGCAGUGGCAUGGCAUGGCAGCAGGGGGAGGCCCCAUUAGCUAAAGUGGUUCUCAGGUUAAGAACAGUUUCAGGUUAAGAACAGACCUCCAGAACGAAUUAAGUUCUUAACCAGAGGUACCACUGGGGCCUGGGGCCGCAGUGGUGCAAAAACAUGGUUACAAAGCAUGGAUCCACAUGGAUCCUCAGGAUUUUUGCAUUGGGCUACUCCAAGCUCACCGUCAGAUCACAUGUCUGUGGCCACAGCAUGAACCACAAAAAUCAUACAUCCACUGUUUCGUUUAGAAUAUUUUUUUUCUUGUUUUCCUCCUCUAAAAACUACGUGCGUGUUAUGGUUGGGUGCGUGUUAUAAAGCGAAAAAUACGGUAAAGAUUACCAUGGUACCAGGGUUGGCAGUGCUUGUGCAUGUACGUAAAGGGAGAUAACAUGCAGGAGUUGCUGCCUUCCAUUUAUUUGUUUAAAUAAGCGACAUCCCACUUUACAAUUUUUAGGGAUUUUCCAUACUAAUUACUAAAAUGUUAUAUAGGUGUGUGUUUUAAAAGCUCACAAUGGCCACAUCAGCCAGCCUUCUGCAACCUAGGUUCCCACCAGAUAUUUUGGACUACAACACCCAUCAGUCCCACUCAGUGUGACUGGAGGAUGGUGAGGCUCAUGGGAGCUGCAGUCCGAAACAUCUGGAAGGCACAAGGUUGCUGUGGGCUGGAAAAGCAGCUGUUGACAGUAAGAGCAGCAAAUAAAAUGAAAAGUAAACUUAAAAGCUCCUGGAACUCGGAAAGCAUUGAAUCCACUUGUCCCUUGUUAUCUCUUAAUAUUUUGUUCUCCCUCUCCGCAGGUUUUUGUUUGGUGAACGGCCUUUCUGGUGGAUCUACGAGUCUGGGUUUUCAAAGAAGGAGGAAGUCACCCUCCGCCAGUUCCCUGCAAGCUGUGAAACAGGGCCAGGUCUGUCGCUCGAGAGAAGGUUCAAAACGCCAGUCAAUCUGGGCUUUUGUGGUUGAAAAAUGAUUGGGGCCCUUAAUUCCUUUCGUGUGGCGAUCGGUUUUGAGAGACAGGCAAGCAGUCUGUCCCACCAACUUAAUUCAAUACAUUAUACUGGGGCAGCAUCUUUUGAUUUGUUCACCUGCUGUCUUGGGGACAAAUGAAAAGUUGGAUUAGAUUCCUCUGCCUGCAAUGCAGAAAGCAUAGAAAGUUGGUGUGGUUUAGUGGUUAGAGUGUCAGUCUAGGACCUGGGAGACCAGAGUUCAAAUCCCCACUCAGGCAUGAAGUCAGUUAGCUCUUAUCUCUCAGCAUAGCCCACCUCACAGGGGUGUUGUGAGGAUUAAAUAGGGAUGGGGAAAGAACUGCCCAGCACACCUUUGUCCAUAAGUAACCAGGCCGAUGGUGAUGGUUCAGCAUCGUUGUGUACCUGUUGAGGCCCACGGUCCAACUGUGGCUCAUUACUAAUCCUUGGAGCUUCUUGGCUCUGUUAUUCCUCGCUGUUGCUGCCUAUUCACUCACCCUCUCCCAAGUGAGCAAUGAGAGGAGCAAAAAUGACCUCCCUGUGCCCAUGUCCACUUUGGGCGAUGGCACCGAUUGGAUGCCAGAAGGUGAGAUCAGCAAAUGGGUGGCAACAAAAUCAGUGGAGAAGAGGAGAAAGACCCACACAAGGAAGAAUGGGGCAGUGAGAACAACUUGCCCAAAGGCCCAAAAGAAACCUUGAAGCCACGCUACUAAGGACCCUCACACAUUGCUUGUCUCAGUCAUGUGGUAGUGAUUCAGAAACUACAACUAACCCAAAUUGCAGCUGCCAGAUUGGUAACUGGGAGCGGCCACCCGGCCCAUGUAACACCAGUUCUAAAAGAUCUACAUUGGCUCCCGGUAGGUUUCCGAGCACAAUUCAAAGUGUUGGUGCUGACUUAAUGGCCUAAAUGGCCUCAGUCCUGCAUACCUGAAGGAGUUUCUCCACCCCCAUUAUUCAGCCCGGACACUGAGGGCCUUCUGGCAGUUCCCUCACUGUGAGGAGUGAGGUUACAGGAAACCAGGCAGAGGGCCUUCUCAGUGGUGGCACCCGCCCUGUGGAACGCCUUCCCACCAGGUGUCAAGGAAAUAAACAACUAUCUGACUUUUGGAAGAUAUCCGAAGGCAGCCCUAUUUAGGGAAGUUUUUAAUGUUUGCUGUUUCACUGUAUUUGAUGUUUUCUUUUUGUUUUAAAAAUUUAUUUAUUUGGUUUUUCAAAUUAAAUUUUUACAGAGAUAUAUCAAACAUAAAUCAUAAAAACAAGAUUCCAAGGAAUCUCCUGGACUUCCAUCCUCCCCUUUGUGGGUCCUAUUAUUAAUCAUUUCCUCCCACAUCUUUUAUGAUAAUCCAAAUCCUUUACUUCUUCCGUUAUGUCCAGAAUUCAGCCUUCAACUACAAGUGAUAUUCCAAUCCUACUAAUGAUGUUAAUUGCCUACAAUGGUCUUUAAGAUGAGUUAUAAAUUUCCCCCCUUCCUUAUUAAAAAUUUGGUCUUCCUGAUUUCUGACUCUUCCGGCCAUUUUAGCCAUUUCCGCAUGUUCCAUCAGCCUCAUGGUUUGAGGUUUUAAUUUGUUGGAAGUCACCCAGAGUGGUGGGGAAACCCAGUCAGAUGGGCGGCAUAUAAACAAACAAAAUAUAAUAAUAAUGAAUGGAACGGGUAACAUAGGAAACUGCCUUAUGUAAUGACAGACGUUGGUCCAUCUAGGUAAGUAUUGUCUACCCUGGGCAAGGAGAAUCUGUGGCCUUCCCAAUGUUAUUCAACUGUCCAACAUCCCUGAAUGUUGGACGUAUUAGGUGGGGCUGAUGGAAGUUGUAGUUCAGAAAACUCUUGAGGACCACAGGUUCCUGACAUCUGGACUAGAUGAGAUCCAAAAGUCCUUCCAGCUCUAAAGUUAUAUGAUAUCCUUGGCAUUAAAUAUCACACACCCACCUGGCAAAAUGCUGGUACAGCUGUUUUGUGGCUCAGAGGCAUGGGGCUUAGGACACAUAGGGGCUAGUUGGGGUUCCACAAAAUAAAUUGCUUUGAAGGCCAGUUGCCUGCUAGCCUAUUAGCUUUGCACAUCCAAGCAGAAGGCAGGUUUGAUUUCUUUCCAAAGCCUCCUUUCAGGCACAGAGUUAUUAGCUGUGUAAACAUUGGUGAAUUCUUCUAGGCUCCUCAGACUCUGUUUAUUGGAGCCACCUCAAGAAAAGUCUACUUAUCGGCCUCUUUAGCUGGGAAAUGUGGCUGAAAUAGCGAAUCAGUAUGGCUUCUGUGGGGGUCUUUAUGGUUUUUGGUUUGCUUCCCUGACCAUUGGCCAUGCUGGCUAGGACUGAUGGGAGGUAGAGCUCAACAACAUCUGAAGGUCUCACAGAAUUGUCAUCCCUGAUCUAUAGAUGUCGUAGUGGCAUGCAAGCUCCACCCGCUUCCCCGUUUUGAUUGAAGAGCAACUGUGUGAAACUGAUUAGAUUGAUAAUGAGUUUGCUCAGCCUGUGGGCUUCAUGACCAGGCGAGCACUUGAACUCAGGACCCCAUCCGUAUUGUACAUUUGAAGUAGGGUUGCCACCUUUGGUCUGCCAAAAUACAGGACAGGGUGAGGGUGGGGUGUCUCUGCUUAGAUGUCCACAGGUUCACCAUCCCUGCUUUGGAAGAAUGGCGAGAUGAACAUGCCACAACUCAAGAAGCCAAAAAAAGAGCUUAAACAAAUAAAUAAGAGGUUCUCAAAGGGAGUUUAGUUGGGCCCCGAAUGAAGAAAGAUUAUGUCCUUGCGGUUCGAACAAAGUUGAGUUAUUGGCACAUUUACAAAUAAGAAAUAAAAAUUCCAUGCCCACUUGUUGGACAGGAAUAGUUGGCCAGCUCUCUCUCUCUCGGCAAAAUGAAAUGUUGGCCUGCGGUGGAGAAGAUUGAAUGCCACAUCUGUCAGGAAGAUCAAACUCUUGACGUAGAAUGGAGCUGCUUGUUUGUGUACUUGGCUAAUAAACUUAGAGCUGCUGUGAGGGAGGCAAAUAGUUGAGGCCUGACGGUUUCAAGAGGCAGCGCAAACUUUUGAGAAGCCAGCAGGCUGACUGUUCCAGGCUGGUUUUGUUUAUUUUUUAAUUUUUAAAAAAGGUUUCGGCAAAGGUUUCUGUGGACAUCCCAUGUUUGCUUUGCUCCAUUGUGAUGGCCAAGUGCUGCCUGGUUCUGAGGUAUCUGUGGACCUUCAGGAAUUUGCCUGAGACUUUUCUGAAAUCGCCUGGGCUGGUGGUUUUCACUGGAACGCCUCCUGGUAAUUCUCUGCUGGCGUUUGAUUCGCCCCAGACCAGCUGCCAACAGAGCAAGGGGGAGAACCUCCACAUAGACCACCAGGCCUGUAUCCAGCCCUCCACCCCACCAAGGCCAUGCCUUGGGUUACAGAAUUGGCAGGGACCAAAAGGUCGACUCGUCUGUGGUUCGUCUGUUGCAAAGCAGGGCAGUCUCCUAAGCAUGCUGAUUAAAAGAGAGAAAGAGAGAGGGGGAAAAAACCCUAAUCCAAUGGUUUUUUUCUGCAGGAAGCCCCUCUGGCCACUGCAUGAUCACAGGCACGGCUCUGUGGCCAGUGGUGACCGCACUGACCGCACGGAUAUCGCAGCACUCCAAAAGGUACGUCUUCGUAUCUCAGCCACUCACAUUCCCAGUCCUCCUUCCCUUUCCCCCUUCCCCUCUUACUUUACAAUAGCAUUGUAUACCUUAUUUAUUUAGUAAUUUAUUACAUUUGCAUUUCGCUUUUCCUCCAAGGAGCUCAUGGGUCUUUCCACUUCCCCUCUUUUUCUCCCCCUCACAGCAACCCUGCGAGGCAGGUUAGCCUAGGAGCGACUGGCGGUCCAGUGUUAGUAACAUAGAUAUACAGUGGUACCUCGGGUUACAUACGCUUCAGGUUACAUAUGCUUCAGUUACAGACUCCGCUAACCCAGAAAUAGUACCUCGGGUUAAGAACAUAGCUUUAGGAUGAGAACAGAAAUUGUGUUCCGGCGGCGCGGCAGCAGCAGGAAGCCCCAUUAGCUAAAGUGGUGCUUCAGGUUAAGAACGGACCUCCGGAACGAAUUAAGUACUUAACCCGAGGUAUCACUGUAUAAAGGACGUGGGUGGCGCUGUGGGUUAAACCACAGAGCCUAGGACUUGCCGAUUGGAAGGUCGGCGGUUCGAAUCCCUGCGACAGGGUGAGCUCCUGUUGCUCUGUCCCAGCUCCUGCCAACCUAGCAGUUUGAAAGCACAUCAAAGUGCAAGUAGAUAAAUAGGUACCACUCUGGUGGGAAGGUAAACUGUGUUUCCGUGCGCUGCUCCGGUUCACCAGAAGCGGCUUAGUCAUGCUGGCCACAUGACCUGCAAGCUGUACGCCGGCUCCCUCAGCCAAUAAAGCGAGAUGAGCGCCGCAACCCCAGAGUCGGCCACGACUGGACCUAAUGGUCAGGGGUCCCUUUACCACUGUAUAAGCCAGGCGGCCAGAUGGCUCCUUAAACCAAGGUUGCAGUCGCCAGAGCAGAAUAUCUAGUUGCCAUUUGGGGGCACAAGACCGAUCUAAAGUUUUGUUUUUCAAAUGACAGACUGGCUGUGACUGAAUCUCAGGUAAACAUCCGGAGGUAGUUCAGAUGACAACCUUGAGCUAGGUUAAGAGCUUUGAGAACUUAAAAGAAGAAAAGUCCCUUGAUCCAGGGACAGUCCACAUACCAUAUUGCCCCGAACAUAAGCCGCGCCCAAAUAUAAGCCGCUCCCUUCUUUGCUCUCUCCCUUCUUGGGGGAGAGGACGGGGGAAUAUGCACAGGGCGGGCGCCGCUUUGUUGCGCUCCUGGUUCUGUUUGCCCCGCGCUCCUGGCUGCAUACUGGAUAUUUUUUUUAUGGUCGCGAAUGGGGGGGAAAGUGUGGCUUAUAUUUGGGCCAAUACAGUAUAUAUUGGCCUUUUUUCAACCUCUUUUUCCUAAUGGUGACACAGACCAUUCAUAAGGUAAGAAUGUUCUUCACAACUGUGAGCAAGGCAGUGGGGUACGUGAAGACAAGCUACAGCAAUUACCAUAUUUUUCCGUGUACAACACGCCCCCAUGUAUAAGACGCCCCCUAUUUCGGGGGACUCAGACUUAAGAAAGUGGGGGGAGAUUGCCUAGAGUUGUGGAGCUUUUUUUUUGGGGGGGGGGAGAUUUUGCCGAAAAUCACUCACCUGUCUUAACUGCACUAUAGCGCACACACCAUUAAACCGCCUAUCAGCUGUUCCCGCGCGAGCAGAAGCGGCAACGACAGCAAAUCCACACCAGCCGCCAAUAGCACCACUGACAAUCUCAGCCUAGCGGAAUCAACCAAUCCCACGUAACCAAAAGGCACUGACCAUGUAUAAAGCCCCCUCCCAUUUUUUAACAUUCGUUUUGAGGUGGGGGAAUCCUUGUCUAAUACACUGAAAAAUACAGUAACUAUAUAACAUUGCUGCUGGUCAAGCAUUUUGGAACCUGAAAUUCAUUCUGAUUGUGCAAAUAAAAUGUAACGGAUAGAAAUCUGCAGGAUGUGGGUGAAAACUGUCCAGAUCCAAGGAUCCCCAGGCAUGCACCUCGAGAUGGCGUUGUCAGGGGCCAUCCUGGCAUCUCCACUUGGUCGCAAGCGGCUGAAAGUCAGGCGCAAAAUGCACCUGGCUCCUAGCUAAUUUCGAACACUGGACUGACCCAAGGUCAGCCAGUGAGUGAGUUUCAUGUCUCAGUGGGGAAUAUGAUGCCGGACCUCCUCCUAAUUUUAUACAAGUAAAAAAUGGUCCCAAAGGGUUUAUGUUCCUACAUUUGUUUACAUUAUCCUUUAUAAAAUUGCAUUUUAACCUGUAUUUUACAUUGGUUCUCCCCCCUCCCCCAUUAUGUUUUUACUGUGAUUUUAUUGGUGUUAGCCACCCUGAGCCUGGCUCUGGCUGGGGAGGAUGGGGUAUAAGUAAAAGUUAUUUAUUUAUUUAUUUUUAUUUAAUGUUGGUGCAUAAAAUCAAAACAGGUGCAGUGAAUUUUUGAGCUGACAUUGGGUGGGCCAGUCAGUGGCAUAUGCCAAGAGGUAGUCAACUUGGGCCCUCUAGAUCAGGCAUAGGCAAACUCGGCCCUCCAGAUGUUUUGGGACUACAACUCCCUUCAUCCCUAGCUAACAGGACCAGUGAUCAGGGAUGAUGGGAAUUGUAGUCUUAAAACAUCUGAAGGGCUGAAUUUGCCUAUGCCUGCUCUAGAUGUUGUUGGACUACAACUCCCAUCGGCCCUAACCUUGAGCUUCCUGCAGGAAAAUAAAGGUAAAGAAUACAUUUGAAUAAAAAUAAAUAAAACCCCACUCUCCUCCCCCUUUUUUUGGCCUCUUACAGCUGGGUCGUGAAGGCUGGGCCCUUUACAGCUUAUCUCGUCUUCCUGCUGGCUGUAGGCCUGUCUCGCAUCUUCAUCCUCGCUCAUUUCCCCCACCAAGUCGUUGGCGGCAUCUUGACAGGUGGGUACACUGUGGCGGCCGGCGGCCAUCUCUGCUGCCUGUGCUUUGAUAUCCCAGCAUCCUUUGCAGAAGGGCCUUGCUUUGUGUCUUCAUGAGGACCGUUAUCAGUGCUUUAUGUCCAGUUUAGAGAUGAACGUUCCCCCCGUAGCCAGGCUCAGAAACGAACCACAGAGGCUUGUGGCAAACAAUCCUGAAUGAGGGAAGAGGUGACCUUGGACAGCUCAGAAUUUCUCCUCUGCCUCAGAUCCAAAGAUUUCCCAGUCGUGAUCGCGAAAAGCUUUUUUCCUUCCCUCUUUAAUCAGGCCGCUGAAAUCAAGAACGCUCAAGGGGCAAACAGGGUUAGGCGUACAUGUGCCAAAGGAUCUGUGUGUAAACUCCAGUUCUGGUACUGGGGAGGCGGGCAGGAACACAGAGGGACAUAGGAGGAUGGAUGGCGGCUAACAGAUUGAGGUUGAAUCCUGACAAGACAAAAGUACUGUUUCCGGGGGACAGGGGGCAGGUGGGUAUGGAGGAUUCCCUGGUCCUGAAUGGGGCAACUGUGCCCCGAAGGAGCAGGUGUACAGCCUGGGAGUCAUUUUGGACUCACAGCUGUCCAUAGAGGUGCAGGUCAGUUCUGUGUCCAGGGCAGCUGUCUUCCAGCUCCAUCUGGUACGCAGGCUGAGACCCUACCUGCACGCGGACUGUCUUGCCAAAGUAGUGCAAGAGUAGUGGUUAUCUUCCGCUUGGACUACUGCAACGCGCCUCUAUGUUGGGCUACCUUUGAAGGUGACCCGGAAACUACAACUAAUCCAGAAUGCGGCAGCUAGACUGGUGACUGGGAGCGGCCGCCAAGACCAUAUAACACCGGUCCUGAAAGACCUACAUUGGCUCCCAAUACGUUUCCGAGCACAAUUCAAGUGUUGAUGCUGACCUUUAAAGCCCUAAAACGUACCAGUAUACCUGAAGGAGUGUCUCCACCCCCAUCAUUCAGCCUCAACACUGAGGUCCAGCUCUGAGGGCCUUCUGGCAGUUCCCUCAUUGCGAGAAGUGAGGUUACAGGGAACCAGACAGAGGGCCUUCUCAGUAGUGGCACCCGCCCUGUGGAACACCCUUCCACUAGAUGUCAAGGAAAUAAACAACUAUCUGACUUUUAGAAGACAUCUGAAGGCAGCCCUGUUUAGGGAACCUUUUAAUAUUUGAUGAAUUAUUGUAUUUUAAUAUUUUGCUGGAAGCCACCCAGAGUGGCUGGGGAAACCCAGCCAGAUGGGUGGGGUAUAAAUAAUAUAGUAGUAGUAGUAGUAGUAGUAGUAGUAGUAGUAUUUCCUCUUAAUUCUUCACCUUCCUGAGCCACUCCUUUGCAUCUGGCUACCGUCGGGGGUCCUCUGGGUUCUAGUGAAAGCCAAAGUAGAUCCUAAAAUCUGCCUACUCCUGGCUUAGAUAUGGAGGGCAAUGAGAAGAACCCAGCCAUAGAAUUGGGGGCUCUAUGUUGCAUUUUCCCUUUAAUCACUUCUCUCCUCUCCCCCCCCCCCCCCCCCCGGUCUCUCACUGCCUGCCAGCGAUCAUCCUGGGCUGGCUGCUAGAAUCCCGCGUCCCGCUAGAGAGGAAACUCAGCUUCUUCAUGUGGGCCUCGCUGUCUCUCUUGCUAAGCGGCAUCGUGACCUAUUGGGCGUUGGUUGCUCUCGGCGUAGAUCUCAGCUGGUGAGUUCCUUCAGCCAGGGAGAUGCGACACUGGGCUGCAGGGCCAUCCACGUGGACUCCUUUUUCCUCAGCGAUGGCGGUUGCUGUUUUGUGCCUCCGACUCUACAUUCCACACACCUCCUGCGCAUGUUAACCUUUCAUCUCAUUGGCGUUGUGCAUGGAGGUGCAAUCUGCCUAGCAAAAGGAUACCUGCAUAGCUAGUGGCGGGUGGAUUUUGGGGUCACAUAGCUGGUUUUCUAAACACCUCACACUGCUCCGUUUCUCCUGCCUCUUAGAAAUACUUUUCCUCAAAACGUCCCAAAAUAUGGCUAUAGUCUCCAAAAUGUCAGCUUAGCUUGGCUUCUCAAAAUGGAGAUGAAGAAAAGCACAACACACCCUCUGAUACCAAGUUUCCUGGCUUCAGAAAUCUUAGGAUAUCUCUUAAGUUCUAUCCCAGGUGCUGGUUCCCUUACAUUAGUGUUACAUCCCAAACCUGGUCCGCAACAAAGCUGUUUUUGGACUACAGUUCCCAUCAGCCCUGACCACUGGUCCUGCUAGCUAGGAAUGAUGGGAGUUGUAGUCCCCAAAACUGCAGAAUCAUAAAACAGAAUUGUAGAGUGGUUCUUAUCAUUUUCAAUUACAUUUAUAUAGCGCCCUUUGCCCGAAGAUUUCAGGGCGGUUCACAAGAUAAAAAAUAUAGGAUAAAAGCACAAAAUAAAAGAGUUAAAGCAAAAAACAAAACAAUAACCCCUGAAAUAUACUCGGAGUCGAGAGUGGAUUUCAUGCUCUUUAUUCAGCUCAUAGUGGAGGGAGGAAUGGAAGUUCCCCCAUGAUGUCUGCUUUAUAUACAUUAUUUACACAAUGGGCCCCACGUAAUUUGCUAAUUCCAGGUUUCACCUGUAGGCCAAUCAGGUUGCGGAUUCACUUCCACCUGGAGCUGGAUCGGGUGGCUCCUGUGGACCAAUCAGAUUGCUGCAUUCUGAAUCCUAUUGUUCUAGGACCAAUCAGACUGCUGCCUUUUGGAUCCUAUCCAACUCAGUACAUAACAACCCCCCCUUCCCACAAACACAUUUUAAAGAAUAUUAAGCUAUUCUAUGCACUAUGCAAAGAAGUUCUUCUUUUUGCCUGCCCCGAAUCUUCCAGCGUUCAGGUUCAUUAGGUGGCCCAGAUCUCCAGUAUUAUGAGAGAGGCAGAAAGAAAGUUACUGUACUUUUCGCUCUAUAGGGCGCACCAGCCCAUAGGGCGCACCUAGUUUUUUGGGGGGAAAUAAAGGGGGGGGGGAAUUAACUCCCGCCGGGCUCCCAAGGCUUGCGGAUAUCUGCCCAAAGCCCGGGGAGUGCUCCGCUGCGCUCCCCGGGCUCUGGGCUGCAGGCUGCCAUCCGCAAGCCUUGGGAGCCCGGCGGGAACUCCCGCCGCGCUCCGAAGGCUUGCGGAUACCUUCCAGAAGCCUGCAUUCGCUCCAUAGGACGCACACACAUUUCCCCUUCAUUUUUGGAGGGGGAAAAGUGUGUCCUAUAGAGCGAAAAAUACGGUAUUUUCCCUAUCCACUUCUGGUAUGCCCUGCAUAAUUUCAUUCCCCUCUGCCUGCCUGACCUACUUGUUUCUCUUCCUUGUUCUACUCCCAGGUCCAUCGGCCUUGCCACCAAGUGGUGCACGAACCCAGAGUGGAUCCGUAUGGAGACACGGCCCUUCUCGUCCCUGUGCCGUGACACAGCCACAGCCCUUGGCCUUGGCCUGGCCUUUCAGUCGUCGUACUACACCCAGCUCAAAGGCGAGAGGCCCGGCUGGUCCCAGAGGCUCUGUUGCACCGUGCUGUCCCUCGUGGUCCUGCGGCUGCUGAGCGACGUGGCCCAGCCGCAGAACGUGGCUCUUUGGUACGGGCUGAGUUUUGCGAAGUAUGCCAUCUUCCCAUGGGUGGUGAUCGCGCUGCUCCCCAAAGCGUUCCACGCUCUGACCUCCAGCACGGGGCCGUCCCACAGAGAGUAGCCGGCAGGGGAGACAUAGGCAAGGAAGCCCACAGCAACCCUUUGCUUUACCCUCAGGGCUCUGUUCCUCUCAGCGUGAGGUAAGAUUUUUCCAUCAGAGGAGAGAUUUCCUCCAGGAGUAAAACGAGUCUGUUCACUCAGGCUGACCUCGUCUAUAAAACAGCCUUACCAAAAAACCCACGACCUCCCCUUGAAUCCCUUUUUGCCAGGUAGAGAAUCCCAUUUUUAAAAACAAACCACUGCACACUUUUCUGCUGUUUAAUGGGUGUUGAGGCAUUUUAACACCCCCAAAGAUUUGAUGUGACUGCAAUAGCCCUUUCUACUACAUACCUAUGGAAAAAAGUUUCAUGGACGACCGUAAGACAUAAACAUUGGGAGAAUCGAACUCCCCGAUUUCCCUCAAAGGGGAAACAGGCCACCUCCUCACCCAUUGCUUUCCACCUACCGUAUUUUUCGCUCUAUAAGACGCACCGGACCACAAGACGCACCUAGUUUUUGGAGGAGGAAAACAAGAAAAAAAAUAUUCUGAAUCUCAGAAGCCAGAACAGCAAGAGGGAUCGCUGUGCAGUGAAAGCAGCGAUCCCUCUUGCUGUUCUGGCUUCUGGGAUAGCUGAGCAGCCUGCAUUUGCUCCGUAAGAUGCACACACAUUUCCCCUUACUUUUUAGGAGGGAAAAAGUGAGUCUUAUACAGCAAAAAAUACGGUAAGUCCCAGUUGCUUAGGAAGCACUGUAGUCGCAAUAUACUGGCACAGCCUUUAAGGCUGGCUAGCUAAGCCUUUGCCUCCCUUCAGUCGUUGUCGGCACAUUACUUAGCCAUCAUGACUGUACGUGCAUUAAGAAAAUUAAAGAAACCCGCCAACUUGCUUGAACACAACGGAUUAGCACCCCAUCUUUCUGUUUUGCAAGCAACAGCCAUGGUUUUAAAACAGUGUCGGCAAUCGCAAAAAGCCAUACCUGCCUGGAUUAGGGGGGACUGCCUUGGGAUUUUGGGUCCAGCGCACCAGAAAAAGUGACUGGGUAGCAUUGCCUAAUGCAAGUGCAAAGAACCUGUGGUUCUCUUCCUGUUGCAGGACUACAACUCCCAUCAUCCAUGACCAUUGGUUGUGCUGGCUGGGGUUAAAUCCAACGUAGGUUUCCCCAUCCGUAGUCUUAAGAUUUCCUUCCCUGUUUCUUCCAGUUUUUGCCAAAGCUUAUCUAUCUAUCUAUCAUCUAUCUAUCUAUCUAUCUAUCUAUCUAUCUAUCUAUCCAGUGAUUUUUUUCCUGGGGGGACGCAUACCCCUAAACAUUUUGUGAAUCUAAGUUUGGCCUCAUUGAGGGGCAGUAUUUCAAUAGGAGUAGGAAAAUGAGAGUACCCGUAGACAUUUUUUAAAGAAAAAAAGCACUGUAUCUAUCUGUCCUGAAUAUUGGUAUCAUAAUAAAGUUUGCAUUCACAGCUUGUCA